CUUCAAGGCCUUACAGGACGUGACACUCGAGUAUAAAUACUGAAACAGAGGCAAGCAGUGUUACACUUUGUUGAUUGGACGCUUGGUCAUCUAUCAACUCCACUGCAGAAUUCCUCUAAUCAUGUAUCCACUGAAUAUUCUGAUCCGCGGUGCGUCCGUGUUGGUCCUGAUGUGCGUGGUGUCCGCCGUCCCACAAGGAUACGGCUCCAGAGGCGACGGCGGACUUGGAGUCGAGCUCGGCGGCGCAGGAGGCCACGGCGGCAGCGGCGUUGGAGGCGGCAGUGUGCUUCCUGGCGUCUUGGCCGGGAAGGUUGUGCUUCCUGAAAGUGCCAUAGGCGGUGUAGGUGGUAGUGCCCCUGGUGACGCUGCUGGAGGAGUCAUUGGUGGGGAAUACAGUGCACCAAGUGUUGGUGUUGUUGGAGGCUUCGACGUUGGUGUUGCUGGAGGCGCUGGUGAUGUCUCCCAUGUCAGCCCCCCUGUAAGCGAAUAUGCUGCACCCCACUAAUUUGGCUGUGCUGAUUAAUA